AUGAAGCACCACCCAAGAUCUCCCCCCGACAAGCGCUUCUUCACCCCAGCAAUGCGCAAAGGCGGCCUCCUCGCUCUGCCGCAUUCUCUUCCUCCCGACCAAAAGCCAGCCCCCCCGAAGUCUUCCCCUGCUGACGUCAAUCAGGGUUCACCCCUCCUGCUGACGUCACUGCCGCUGUCACCACCCCCGCUGAUGUCCCCGCCCUGGAGCAGCUACUUGAGCGCGUUCGCACUGGACGAGAUUCUGGCGGCGCUGGGGUGUCAACGGGCGGAUUCUGUAGGAAGUGACGUCGCGGACGGUAAUAAGGACUUGGCGGAGUCAGGGAGCGCAAAAGGGUUUGGCGACGACACGAGAAGCAAACUCUCAAAGUCGUCAAUGCAAGGGCCUUACGGCCUUCUGGAACGUAAGGGCGGGAAAGACGGGGCGGGGGAGGGCGCGGCUGCACAGGGGGCUGGCUCAAACCAUGGAGAACCUGCAAUAGAGGCUUCCGAAUGA